CAACACCCGUCCAACGGAAUCGAUUUCGCUGCUCUCGGGUUCUCGAUUCGUUGCGAUCAUUCGUUAUAUCCGCCUACCAAGCCAUUCUUUGCUCAUUUCCCAGGAUCCCAAAUUUGUUCCUUACUGCUAGCUGCCACUGUUGAUCAGGGGAAUUCCUGUGGGAGGUCAUCCUCCACGCUCAAAUUCAUAUACUAACAACUUGUGCGAAAGCGAUCAAAUCUGCGUACAGACGCUUCCAGACUAUCGAUAAUCAAUUUAUGCGUUGGAUAGAUUUGAUUUACUGUUCCAAACCCAGUUUGCAAUCUGCGCUUAGAGGUUUUUUCGACGCACGCACCCACCCUUCUAUCAAUGACGCUCGGGGAAAUGGAGCUCCGCAACAGGCUUCCGACUCUUAUGGAGGUCCUGAAUAGGAGGACUCUCGCUCCCGUCGACUUGUUUUCAUUCUAUAUCUACAUGAGGGACCAACAAUGCUCUGUCGAUUAUCUAGAUUUUUGGCUAGAUGUUUCGCAACACAUGUCGCUAUGUCGCCAUUAUGUUCGGGAACUACGCCGCUCCGUUCUUCUUGAUACGCCGGAAGCAGAGAAGGGUGGUAGCCUACGGUCAUCCGAUGCCUUCGAAAGUGAUGAUGCCGGGGCUGGACCGUCGGGUUACGACAAUGGAGAACGUCGGAAUCGCGAUACAAGACUAUCCGCUUUCCUACGAUCUGAGGGCCAAACAUCGGGGCAAUCAGUCCACAGCAACAAUUCCAACCAAUCACCCCACCGAACUCAAUCCAGCGAUCGGCCAUCCCGACCUAGCAACUUAGACCCCACUCAUACUCUUGGCAACAGUUCCAAUUCUCCUGGACAUACUGUCGCUCGAGCUGAUAUCCGUGCAAGUGCGGAACGGAUUUUGUACACCUACCUCCUCCCUGGCUCGGAACGAGAGGUCAUCCUUCCAGAAAAUAUAGUCGAAGACAUAGUGCAUAUGAUUGAACGGGAAGGGAGAGAUGAUCCAGAAGUUUUUGAUACAGCAAAGGAUUACGUCUUCCAAGCAAUGGAGCGUGACGCAUUCCCAGGUUAUUUGCAGGCAAAAGCUUUAGGGAACCUUGUCCCACUCAGCAUAUUAGCGCGAUUGGUCGUAGCCCUUGCCAGUUUCGGCGGGGGUUUCUGGGCUGCAUUUUACGUAGUUCUCACAGACCAGCCAAGACGUACUCGUUGUUGGGUUAUCUUACCCUUCGUGCUCGCAGCCUACUUCCUCUCCUCAUACCAAUAUAAGAUUGAUCCAGUAUUUGCCCUAGCUGGGUUCAGCGAAUACACCUUUUUCACAUGGGCAAAAAUUCGGGAGCCCUAUGUUCGAUCGUUGCUCAUCAAACGUGCAUCCGUCUCUCUAUUACUGGCGGCGUUCAUCGCUCUGGCCCUAUGUGUCCUAUUCAUUUUUGUCCCGGGAACCCAACUUUAGAGCAUUGAACACAUAUAUCCGUUGUUAACACAUUUCUUCCUGGCAGCGUCUAUAUCUUUGUGUCUUUAUUUCCUUUUCUUUUUGCGCCAGUACGCCAAAAUACAAGGAGUUCGCCCAUUUAUUUAUUGGACGCUUGGAUUCAGCUUAGUGCAAGAGUCAUUAUCCCAUAUAUUUUUCCUACCGUUCCACUCGUUCCGGAAUUAGCAAUGGCGCUCGGGAGUUCUCGGUUCAUACACCCUAACAGUGACAAAUGGAGGCAAAUAGUCCCUCAUGGCAUCCCCAGUUUGGUUCGAUAAUGCCAUUUAACAAUCAUCUGGCAUUUUCUACAUGAUGGAAAUGCCUGCACAGGAAGGAAAUAAAUGAUAUAUUUGGUCUCAUCUUGAGGAUCUCAAAAUCGCUUUCACCCAGCUGAUUUGGAAAGUGGAAUGCCACACCGCGCUUUCAUUCCAUUUUGGCUUAUCAUUUGUCCUUUGGUCCGCCGGCAACCCCCGCUACAAUGUUCAAAUUUUUCACUGCGAUUUAUGACUUUCAACGCUUUUCUUUCUUUCCUUCAUCUUUUUUUUUCUUUAAAGCUCGUUACACUAUUUUUCGUUAUGCGUUUGUCCCUGUUUAUUUGCCAUUUUUCUCAUUCCAUUUCCUUUUUCCAGUCCAGAGAUCCCCAGUGGAAGUCUCAAUGUAUGUAAUGGCCAUCUAGCAUGGAGACAGAUAUGCUUCUCCCAUUUCUUAGGCGCUUCAAGCACGACGUAUUAGUUAACAAAUGUA